GCGAAUGAUAUCGAGGCGACAAGGAAGCAGUAGUGAGAAUGCCCGUAAGCACAUGUAGCGUCGGUGGCCGAGUGAUGUCUGUACAGACCAGAACAAACUGGAAAAGCCUCUCUCUCCUCAGGGACGGACUCGAUGUGUGUGUCGCCGAACAAGGUGCGCAGAAGAGGAGGAGGUGUGGACAAUCGGGUCGAGCACAAGCAUGAGAACGUCCGUGGGUGGUGAGAAGAUGGCAGAGCAGAGUAGACGUGAUCACGUGCAGAUUGAUCAGAGAGGGUCUCGGUCUCGCUCCUGGUUGUCCAGGACGACGGCGAGUUGAUUGUCUUGGCAGGUGUUUCAGCUUGCCAACACGCGACAGACCGCAGAGAAGGUCCAAAGAUUGGUGAUUGCAAGUCACAACCUGCCAGAGCAGCAGAGCUUUAACCACCUCCACCACCACCACCACCACUGCACUGCACUGCACCCAGACGUUCUUUCAUUUCCCUCCCUCCCUCCCUUCCUACUGCUUCCCUGAGAUUCGCUUCCCAUCACUUUGGGUGCUCACCUGCUAUCCGCAUUCCACACCACUCACCGGGAGAGAUACAUAGGAACCACGCCGUCAUCGCUGCCAGUCGCUCCUGCUCGAUGGUGACAGCAGAAUUGUUCACAUCCGACUUGCCUCCCGUGGAUACCCCGAAUACCGUCUCCCAUGGCCGUCGCGCUGCCCGUUGAUGGCGCGUCGAGCAUCAAUGUCACCAUCCGCGUGCGCCCCUUCACCAUCCAGGAAGCCGCCCAGCUCACCCGCCACGACGAUGGUCCUCUCUUCCUCGGCGAUGGCUCCAUGGCGGCCGUGCCCAAGCCCAAGCUGGGCGGCAAGGGAAUCCGCCCCGUGAUCAAGGUCAUGGACGAGAAGUGCCUAGUCUUCGAUCCACCCGAAGAGAAUGCGGUGCAGAGAUUUGGCCGCAUGCCGCAGGGCAAGCGCUCCAAAGAUCAGACGUUUGCCUUUGAUCGCGUCUUCGAUGAACACACCACCCAAUGCGACGUCUAUGCCGCCACGACACAGCCCCUGCUGGAUCAGGUUCUCGACGGCUACAAUGCCACCGUCUUUGCAUAUGGCGCCACGGGCUGUGGAAAGACGCAUACCAUCACUGGUACCGUGCAGUCGCCGGGAAUCAUCUUCAUGACAAUGCAGGAGUUGUUCGAACGGGUGCAAGAGCUGCGAGAGUCGAAGGAGGUGGAAGUGACGCUGUCCUAUCUCGAGAUCUACAACGAGACCAUCCGGGAUCUGCUCGCCCCAGCUGGCUCGAGCGGGAAGCAGGGCCUUAUGUUGCGCGAGGACUCCCACCAGGCCGUGUCAGUCGCCGGCCUCACGUCUCUCAAGCCGCAGAACGUGCAGGAAGUCAUGGAUAUGGUCAUCCAGGGCAAUUCAUUGCGCACCCAGUCACCAACCGAAGCCAACGCCACGUCGUCCCGAUCUCACGCCGUCCUACAGGUCAAUGUGGCGCUCAAAGACCGUGACGCCGCCGUCAACGAGCCCGUCACCUUUGCCACCCUCUCCAUUAUCGAUCUGGCAGGCUCCGAACGCGCUUCGGCCACGAAGAAUAGGGGAGAGCGCUUGCUCGAGGGUGCCAACAUCAACAAGUCCCUCCUCGCCCUCGGAUCCUGCAUCAACGCCCUGUGCGAUCCACGGAAGAAGAAUCACGUUCCCUACCGAAAUUCCAAAUUGACGCGUCUGCUCAAAUUCAGCUUGGGCGGCAAUUGUCGGACUGUCAUGAUCGUCUGCGUGUCCCCCAGCAGCGCGCAUUUCGACGAGACGCAAAAUACCCUCCGAUACGCGAACCGGGCGAAGAACAUUCAGACCAAGAGCAUCAGGAAUGUGUACAAUGUGGACCGUCACGUCAAGGACUAUCUCAAGAAGAUCGACGAGCAAAUGGCAAUGAUCAAGGAGCUGCAAGCAACCCUCAAAGACUACGAGAAACAGGCAUUUUCCAAGUUCAAGAAGGCAGAGGCGAAAUUGGAUGGCGUUUUGAAGGAUAGCAUCGAACGUGUACGACUGGCAUACGAUCAUUCUGCUGCUGAGCGCAAGGAGAGGAUCAAUACAACCUGCAGACUGCGCCAGACAGAACGUCGUAUUGGUGCAAUCAGUGGCUGGGUGGGCGCAUUCGACCAAGUCUGCGAAACCCGCGAGGACGAGGAGCCUGCGCCUGCCAUGGUGUCCAUGAGGAAGACUGCAACGGGCAUUCUGACCGAGCUGGAACACAGUCGACAGCAUCACCACCAGAAGUUAAACAAGCUUAAUUGGACCCGGGCCAUCGACACCGCACUUCAAGACGGCUUGCGUCAGCUGGAAAGCAACGAUAGCUUUACUGCUGAUUGUGCUGAGGCAUCAAGUCUGCUGAAGGAAGUGGAGAUCUUGAAGAAUCGCGCGGACCUGGAGAUGCAUGCGAUGGUGCUGGACGCCGAGAAGACGGCUGAAUCCGGGCUGAUGAAUGUGAUGCUCACGACGCAAUUUGAGACCAUUGCCAUUAUCAGUCAGCUCACGCAAAUGACUGACGAGGACGCGAUGCAGGCAGGUCGCGAGAUCAUGGGUAAGCUCCUGCAAGCCUGCACCGACAGCGUCGGACAAAUCAUCAGGCCAGACGGCGGUCUCCAGAUCACCGCAGCGGUGGCGCCCAGCCGUUCGGGAACACCACGCAAACACAAAUCGUUAAUGGGACCCUCUCCGAUGAAGCGAAAGAUACGACAGUCCGUUUCCAGCCGCGCUUCGCUUUCGUCCCAACCCAGACCAUCCCUCCCCGCAGCUGUACCCUCAUCCAUCCCAGCAAAUGUGGCGGCCGAGAUGUACUACUCAUCAUCACUCCACGAAAGCUCUAGCCCUGCUCGGGGCACUUCGGCAAGUCCUAGGAGGCAUGUCAAAAAGCUCGGGGGUAUGGCACGCAAAGGGGUUGCAUUCGGUGCAGGCACUCCCAAAAAGAGGUCGCCGACAAAGAAGCGUGGAGUCAGAUGGAGAGACGAGGGUGCCGAAGAUGGAGCCACGCCAGGUGCAUUGGUCGAGUUUCAACCAACACCUAAGAUGCCUGCUCCAACGCCUCCCAUUAUCCCUAGCAAUGAUGACUCGACCACGAGUAUUGAGCCUCCCAAGUUUACAUCCGACUUUGAUGCGAACGAUGCCGAUCCCGAAUCCAGCCCUUUGCCCGUUGCCCCCACACAGAACAGCGAGAUUCGCAAGACUCCAGCCGGCACUGGUCGCUUUGCCAUUGGUGCAUUGACCAAAGGGAGCAAAACAGGCUCAGACUCGCCCGCCAUCAUGCCUCCCGCACCCACCUUUUCUCUCGGUAUAGGUUCGUUCUCUAGCGACGAUGAAUCGAGCCCUCUGCGGGAACUUGGUAAUCGUGCACCACAUAGUAGUACAUUGCGUUCGGUGAAGACCAUUUCGGAGCAUAGUGAUGGAUCUACUGGUUCUGACCUGGAACAUUCAUUCACAGAUCGUGAGUCGUCUCAGCAGAUUCGCGCAGCAAUGGCCAAGAAGAAGCGCUCUUCGGUGAGUGGUCGCAACUCGAUUGGCAGCAACGCUGCUCGUCAACGUGCCAGCGACCGUGCCCACCGCCGGCGCAGUCCCACGGCAGCGCAGCCGGUGGUGGCGUCGUCCCCAACCGAUACAUCGUUCUCGGCAUCACAUGCACGUCGGAUUGGUGUUCGCGAAUCUGCCAGCCAUAGCAACAUUCUGUCACCGCGCACUGGAUCGGUUGUCAAGAACAAUGGACCACCUGUUGCGCGGGCAGUACAGGGACUUCGCCAUCGCCAGAGUAUGUUCGAUAUGAACACUCCACGCGAGACGCCAACCGGGCCUAACGGUCGUCCUCAUUCCCGUGUUAGUAGCAUCGUGCCAGGAAGCGCAGGAGGCUCGAAGCCAGUUUGGCGUUAGAGGAGGCUGUGUAACCGUCACAUAUAGAUUGAACAAGUGACCAUCCUAUACCUGCCAGUAGUUGGUUCGUGACAAGCUGGUACAGGCGAGACUGGACUGAUGGAGACCACCCCUGGAAGCGUGUAUCAUCAUGCGAACGAGCGCGGAGCGAUGACUGGCAUAUAUGAACUUGGGCCUACUGGAAAUGAUCGCAGGAGGACUGGCGUUAUCGGCAUGUUGACUUUGGGUUGUCUUUCAUCGGUCCAUGGAUAAUGUACACCUAGGGUAUUGGUGGAACUUCACGAGGUAUUUGUCCCGUAGGCAAGAGUACCUCAUUUGGGAAAGGCCAAGGGGACCACGGCCGGAUUUGAUCAAUUGCUACUGUUACUACUACUAUUGUCAGCGUUGAAGCGCAGCGUUGCUUUGAUUGCAGACUACUACUGCUGCUAGCACGAAGCAAGUUCAAAGACUUACUUCAUCU